AAAAUAAAUAAUAAUCAAGUGAUUAAAACACAACACAACUUGGAUAAAUAUGAUCAAGUUAUUUUGCUCAACGCUUUGCUGGCUUCUGUUUAUAAAUGCAGAUGCACAAAAUUCUUGUCCUCUCGGAAGUAGUUGCGUCCCGCGUUGGAAGUGCAACAUCAACCACGGAGAGGGAAUUCUUAGUGAUCGUUCUGCACUAUCGAACCCUUGUCCACACGAUCUACAAAUGUGCUGUUGGAACAGCUCCAUAAUUGAAGUAAUGAGCCCGGAUGCAAAUCUUAAAUGCGGACUUCGCAAUAUUAAGGAUGGAAAUGGAGGGGACGAGAAAUUGACCAACUUUGCUGAAUUCCCCUGGGUGGUGGCGAUAUUUGUGAGUAAUGAUACAGAUAAGAUGUAUAUCGGAGGAGGAUCUAUAUUGACACCGAAUAUGGUGCUAACAGCUGCCCACAUUGUCUGUUCCCAACAAACUGAAGAUCUGAGUGUCCGUGCUGGGGAAUGGGACACUCGAACGGAGAGCGAACCGUAUUCCCAUCAGGAGCGUGAUGUGGUCGAAAGAAUUUGCCAUGAGCAUUACAAUAAGGUAAACUUCUUCAAUGAUAUUGCAGUGCUCCUCCUAAGAUCUGAACUCAGUCUGAAUCAUCACAUAAUGCCCAUUUGUCUGCCUCGUAAAUACGAGUAUCCAAAUACCGAACGUUGCUUUGUGGCAGGUUGGGGAAAGGAUAAGUUUACGGAUUCUGCAACAAGUAAUGUCCUACGAAAAGUGGAUCUUCCGAUCAUCGAUCAUACGACCUGUGAACGACAACUGUGGAAAACUCAUUUAACAAGAUACUUUCGUCUAAACCAAUCAUUUGUCUGUGCCGGGGGAGAAAAGGAAAAGGAUACGUGCACUGGAGAUGGAGGAUCUGCCCUCUUUUGUCCCCUUGUCGAUCAUCCCGGGCAAUACUAUCAACUAGGCAUUGUCUCCUGGGGUCUUGAUUGUAACUACGAAGGUGUACCCGCGGCUUAUGCAAAUGUCCCCCAUCUUCUUUCCUGGGUCCACACUAUUCUCCAUGCUCUUCACGCUAAAACCGACUAUUAUACACCCAUAUUCAAUAUAGAUUAUUAUAAUCGGGAGGAAGCUUUCAGGAACAAGUUAACUUUAAAUUAAAUCUAAAAUAUACAAUAAAAUAAAGAUUUUUUUUUAUAGUCGUCAGUUCAUUUUAAUGCAUCUCAUUUAUCAAGGUAUACAGCUAAAAUACUUUAGUCUUGGGAGGAGAUGCAUUAAGUAUUAACACCCUCUUUUACCAAUUAUAAUGGAUAACUAAAAGAUACACAUUUUUAACAUUUUAUAUAAUGUAUAUGUCAAAAAAAACUUGAUUAUUUUUCAACAAUUCACAGUUCAUUUAAAGUCGUCCACAAAUAUAUUUUCUGCUUUUUAAAGCAUUCACAAAUACG